CUUCCCUUCACCAAUUGUCCUUGGAAUUGGACAGAUGGCCACCACCAUAAUGAUACUGUAUGUAGCCAAGCUGUAUAAAAUAAUUCACUUUCCUGAUUUUGACAAGAGAAUUCCUGUAAAGCUGUUUCCUCUGCCUCUCCUCUAUGUUGGAAACCACUUAAGCGGAUUAUCGAGCACAAGUAAAUUAAGCUUGCCGAUGUUCACCGUGCUCAGGAAGUUCACCAUUCCGCUUACACUACUCCUGGAGACCAUCAUACUUGGGAAGCAGCACUCCCUGGACAUCGUGGUCAGCGUCUUCGCCAUUGUCCUUGGGGCUGUUGUGGCAGCUGGUUCCGACCUUGCUUUUAACUUGGAAGGUUAUAUUUUUGUAUUCCUGAAUGACAUCUUCACAGCAGCAAAUGGAGUUUACACCAAACAGAAAAUGGACCCCAAGGAGCUGGGGAAGUACGGAGUGCUCUUCUACAAUGCCUGCUUCAUGGUUAUCCCCACUUUUCUUAUUAGUGUCUCCACCGGAGACCUGCAGCAGGCAACUGAAUUCAACCAGUGGAAGAAUGUCUUAUUUAUCAUGCAGUUUCUUCUUUCCUGUUUUAUGGGGUUUCUGCUGAUGUUCGCCACGGUUCUGUGCAGCCACUACAACUCGGCCCUCACCACAGCUGUGGUUGGAGCCAUUAAGAAUGUGUCUGUUGCGUACAUUGGAAUGUUAGUUGGUGGAGACUACAUUUUCUCUGUAUUAAACUUUGUGGGAUUAAAUAUUUGCAUGGCUGGAGGCCUGAGAUACUCCUUCUUAACCCUGGGCACCCAGUUAAAACCUAACCAAACUGACGAGGAAAACGUCCCUGUGGACACAAAGAGCUAGGUGCUGGGGCAGAAUUGCAGAAGACCGGGCACGGAGGGCGUUUGCGGCCGGAUUGCACAGCCAGAGGUUUCACACUUGAGACCCUCACCACCCUGGUCAGAGGACAAACGGGAACCUCUGCAAAUCACAACACGACCUGUGUGCCGGUGCGCAGUGAGUGUGCAGAAGGAGCCCUGGGGAUGGCAGCAGAGGAUGCAGUUCGCCCCACCCCUGGUAAAGGCGCCACCACAGCCAGGUGCUAUGAGAACGGCUCUAUUGCUUUCAGUUUCAUCAAACAUCUAUUUUAAUAAAAUCGGCCCAUUAAUGGACAGGAAAGUUAUUUGUUAGCAUUGAUAUAAGUUAUACUGGCAUUUCCCCCUAAUCAUCGGGUAAAAUAAAGUCAUUUUAUGAAUGCCUCA